CUUCUGACGAAAUUGAAUUCACCGCGCAACUCGAACUGCCGGAAAUUGGUCUGAAUGUCGUUAUAAUAAAGAAUUCAAUACGGCAGAGAAUUAAUAGUUUCUACAAAUAAUUAUAAUCAUCAUCCAUAGAAAGUAACAUAAUAACGAUUUUUUAUGCCAGAAAACAAACAUAUAAUAAGCAUUUUACAUUUCGCGGAUGUGAACCGGAUUACGAUAAUGUAAACAAAAAGCAGACGAGAAGUCAAGGUCUGCGCGGUAACUUUGGUUGAGAUGGUGAAACCAAAGUACAGACGCCAUGGGUUCGUCUCGAAAAAGCAGAAGGAGAGAUAUGAUAAAGUAUCUGCAGGGCAAUUGACUCGAUGGAUUAGGGGAGCUAUCCUUACAGACCACAAUUACUCCGCCAGUGCAACCCCUGUCAGCGUUGAUCACGAUCACGAAUUGCCAAAUUUGAAUAUACUGGAAAGAGAGGAGGUGGUUGAUGGGGAAGAAGUGACUACAUCUGAGGAUUGGAAGGAGGGGAGGAGAGUAGUAGAACUUGGAGUGUUAGCUGAGGGCUUGCGGGGAUGUUGUAAAUGUGGCUUACCAUUACAACUUUCACACACUAUUUCUGUGUUGACAUAUGGUUUAGCUUCUUUGUUAAAGGUCUGUUGCAGCAAUACAAAGUGUAAUCAUAUUAACCAUGUAAAAACGGGGAAAAAACAUGGAAGAGUGUGGGAUGUAAAUACAAAGCUAUCAGCAGCAAUUGUACAUGUUGGUAUUGGUGCAACGCAAGUCAACAGUCUCCUUUCUGAGCUGAAUAUACCACCUGUAAGCCAUGCCAUGCUGGACAAAAGACAGAAAGAGAUAGGCAGAGCUGUUGAAGAUAUUGCUGCAGAGUCUAUGUCUGAUGCUUUGCAGAAGGAACUGGAAAUGAUGAAUGAAGAGAUGAACGAAAAUGGACUAGUUGUUGCUGUAGAUGCUGGAUGGCAAAAACGGGGUAGCGGAAAGACAUAUGAUAGUUUAUCAGGUCAUUGUUCCAUGGUUGGUCCUCUCUCCGACAAAGUAUUGUCAUACUCUCUGAGGUCUAAGAAUUGCAGAGUAUGCAGUGUAGCUGAAUCAACCAACAAGAAUCCAGCAGCCCAUGAGUGCUCAAAGAAUUGGGAGGGUAGUUCAAAGGCCAUGGAGGCAGAUAUGGUUAUUGAGAUGGUCCAAGAUCUACAGAAAAGUAAAGGAAUAACCAUUGAUGGAAUCAUUGGAGAUGAGGACUCUACCACUAUUGCAAGACUGAAAGCUAAUGUCAAUGCUGAUAUUAAGAAGUUGUCUGAUAAAAAUCAUCUAAAGAAACUGUUUACAAACUCUUUGUUUACCUUGAAGAAAAAACAUUCAUCUCUAACUUUGUCUGUGAUAAAGUACAUUCAGAAAUGCUUCAGUUACUCCAUAGCACAGGGAAAAGGAAAUGCUUCUCAAAUCAAAGAAGACCUUUCAUCAAUUCCAUUACACAUAUUUGGAGAUCAUCAACACUGCUCCUCAAGGUGGUGCAACUUCAUUAACAACCCUAACCUGAGGUACAAGUCACUUCCACAUGGAAAACCCCUGAAAGAUAGGUUCCUUCAGGAUGAUCUGAAAGAAGUCUUCAGAUCAUAUGCAAGUCAUUCUGAUCGUCUUUCAUGCUUAGGAAGCACACAGUCGAAUGAGAGUUUUCACAGAAUGGUGUCUGCAAAAGCCCCAAAGACCCAUCAUUACAGCUCUUCUUCAAGCCUCAGAUAUAGAGUUGCUGCAUGUGUAGCCCAGAAAAAUGUUGGACACAGAUAUCUUGUAAAGGUUAACAAGAAAUUGGGCCUCUCUCCUGGCUACUAUACUCGACGACAGUGCAUUCUGAGGGAUUUACAAAGAAAGCGACAGAAGGCCAUUUCAGUGACACAGAAAUUUAAAAGGAGAAGGAGAGAAUUGAAAGCCAGGAAAAUUCAAAGUAUUUCUACAAAAGAAACAAGGGAAGGCAUCAGUUAUUUAACAGGAUGUGAUCUCCAGCAGGCCUCUGACAUCGUUGAAAUUCCAGCUCCAAAAACAAUUCCAAAGUAUGAUCAUCUCCCUUCAAGUCAGCUGUUAAAUGCUGAAGAGAUCUAUUUUGAUUUGGAAACUACUGGACUCGCAAGGGAUUCUCAUAUUGUGCAGUUGUCUGCAGUUAGAAAUGAUGAGGUUUUCAACAAAUACAUCAUUCCAGAAAAACCAAUGUCCUCAAAAGCUACAGAAAUUACUGGAAUAAAAGUAGUCAACAAUAAAAUGUACCACAAUGAUGAGGAAGUUGAGACAGUCAGCAUUAAGGAUGCACUGAUCCAGUUUAUCGACUUCAUGAAGAAAUCGGAGUCAGAUGCUGUUCUAGUUGGACACAACUCCAAAGUGUUUGACCUUCCUGUGCUGUUCAACAUUUUGAGUAAAUUAAACAUUUUGGAGGCAUUCUCAUCUGCAGUCAUUGGUUUCAUUGAUACCUUACCUCUUUUCAAAAUUUCACAUCCAAACCUUUCAUCAUACUCACAGUUACACCUCUUCGAAGAAAUUCUACAAGACAAAUACAGUGCGCAUGACUCAUUACAGGAUGUCUUAGCCUUGAAGAGAUUGUUGGACCAUACAGGACCUUCCCCUGAAGUCAAACUUGCUGCAUCUUUCACUUCAAACUCUGCCUUUGCCAUAUUCCAUCACAAGAACACAACAAAAAGUCUAAUGAGCACACUAAAGCCCUUAUUGGACCAAAAGGUGAUUUCGAAUGGAAUGGGAAAUAAGAUUGCCAGCAGUGGACUCUCCUUAUCACACUUACAACUGGCUUAUCGCAGAAAUGGUAGGGAGGGAGUACAGGAUGUGCUGACAGAGAUAACAGAUAACAGUGUGCGUGUGACAAAAUCUAGAAAAAUCAUUGAUUCUGUUGCAGAUUUUCUCAGAUCUGAGCAGUAA